AAAUCCAUGAGGUUAUAAGCGAACUGUUUAUUAUUUUCAGUAGUGUUGCGAAUAACAUGGCGAGAGUGCCAUGUCUUGUAACAGCAAAUAUUCUUCUUGUUUUAAGUGUAUAUUUAAGCACAAGCUUUGUCAAUAGUGAAGACCAGUUCGCUCCUUAUUUCGAGACGUUAUUACAAUCAAAAAAUAUCACGAAAAAUGAAAACUUUACAAAAGUGCAGUUUGAAGUGCGCGGUAGGAAUAUUUACUCCGAUUUGCAAAUUAAAACAACGAAAGAGAAAGCCGCGAAGGGUGCCCUAUGUACCGAAGACCUGAAAUUCCCUAUCGUGGAUAUUGUCACGCGAAAAGAAUCGGCCCUUUAUGAAAUUCAAGUGCCGAGAGGUAUCGGUGGUGACUUUUACUUGUGUUUGCCGCAUAAAAAUCCCGAUUAUAGGGAAAAUGCGAACAAAAUGCCGCCGAAUGUGCUACACGGGGGCCCGUAUAACUGGUACCACCAAGGACCAGAGGUUGUCAUCAGGGUGCCCCUUGACAAUAUUGACACUUUUUCCAGCAUUCACCGCGACCGCCGCCAGAAGCAGGAUGGCCCCCAGAAGCAGGAUGGCCUCCAGGUCAUGGGACUACGUCUGGAAGUCCACGAAAAAGAAGCCGAGUACGACGAGGACGGCGUUCCUGAAGUCCUCGCCGACACCGAGCACGUGAUUCGUAUUUUCGGUGCCAAUUUCGUCAAAACCAUGUUCAUAACAUUCACCGAUCGCAAAACAACCUCUGAUCGGUCGUGUCAAUUCCCGAAAAGUCCACGGGAAUUUCCGGUGAUUAAAGGUUCUUUUUCGUCCGUCACGAGUAGAUUCAAGAUCAAACUGCCACCGAUGGGCGACGCUGAAACUUUAUACAUUUGUGCCAAAGAAUCAAACGACACGUUUUUUGUGCAUCAAGGGAAUGAUGUGUGGUUGCAAAUCAGGACUUACGAGCCGAUGCUCCCUCUGUGGGUGUCGAUUCUCAUAAUUGUGGUGUGUUUAAUGUUUUCGGCGCUUUUCUCCGGCUUGAAUCUCGGUCUAAUGUCUCUGGAUCGGACCGAAUUGAAAAUUUUGUGCAAUACUGGGACGCCGAAAGAGAGGAAAUUCGCGAAAGUUAUACAGCCGGUGCGCGAUCACGGCAAUUAUCUACUGUGUAGUAUUCUAUUGGGUAACGUUUUUGUUAAUUCGAUUUUCACGAUUCUUUUGGACGGUUUGACUUCGGGUCUUGUGGCCGUUAUUUUCUCCACGAUUGCGAUCGUACUUAUUGGUGAGAUUACGCCUCAGGCGAUCUGUUCGAGACAUGGAUUAGCGAUCGGUGCGAGGACUAUUUACAUCACCAAGUUUGUUAUGGUACUGACUUUUCCCAUGGCCUAUCCCGUGUCGAAGAUUUUGGAUUGCAUUCUAGGGGAGGAAAUCGGCAAUGUCUACAAUAGGGAGAGACUGAAGGAACUUGUUAAGGUCACAACCGGCGAAAACGACUUGGACAAAGACGAAGUCAACAUUAUUAGCGGUGCUCUCGAGCUCCGCAAGAAAACCGUCGCCGACGUAAUGACCAAAAUUGAAGACGUGUUCAUGUUGGACUAUGACAACACGGUUUUAGAUUUUGAGACAGUAUCGGAAAUCAUGAAAUCAGGUUACUCUCGAGUUCCCGUGUUCGAAGGCAAUCGUCAAAACAUCGUCACGAUGCUUUACAUAAAAGAUUUGGCUUUCGUCGAUCCCGACGAUAACACUCCUUUAAAAACUCUGUGUCAAUUCUAUCAAAAUCCGUGCAAUUUCGUCUUCGAAGACGUCACACUUGAUGUGAUGUUUCGGAUAUUUAAAGAGGGCAAUAAGGGACACAUGGCGUUUGUUCAUAGAGUCAAUAACGAGGGUGAAGGUGAUCCGUUUUAUGAGACAAUCGGGUUGAUAACUCUCGAGGAUGUCAUCGAGGAGUUAAUCCAAGCUGAAAUCAUGGACGAGACUGAUGUUUUCACCGACAAUCGGACGAAACGGAGGCGAAACGCGGAAAGGAGACAAGAUUUUAGCGUUUUUGCCGAACGCAAGGGUGAACCCAAUAAAAUACGAAUUAGUCCACAGUUGACUCUAGCGGCAUACCAGUUUUUGAGCACUUCUGUCGAACUCUUCCUUCCCACUGUAAUCUCCGAGACGAUUUUGAAACGUUUGUUACGUCAAGACAUCAUUUAUCACAUUAAAAAGAGCAAGGAAUGGCGCACAGAUCCGGCGAAUGUCAUUUACCACCAAGGGAAGAAUGCGGACUAUUUCGUACUGAUUCUUGAAGGUCGAGUCGAGGUAACGAUCGGUAAAGAGAAUUUGACGUUUGAGGGUGGCCCCUUCACAUUUUUCGGUACUCAAGCCCUCGUCCAAACGAUCGGAGUCGCCGAAAGUCCAUCAGCGCCGACUUCGACUUUGGGUAGUUUAGAGUCGUUGAAUUUGGACGCUUUAUUGCGUCACACUUUCCAACCAGACUACACAGUCCGAGCCACAAACGAAGUGAUUUAUCUCCGUAUAAAACGCAGUUUGUAUUUGGCAGCCAAAAGGGCAACUUUGAUGGAGCGAUCUCAGCGCGAUCUGCAACAGAGCAACGAUCAGUUUGACGAGGAAGUUGACAAGCUUCUGCACUCGUUGGAGGAGGAUGAUACGGAGAGUGCCGGUCGGAGGACUCCGCGGAAGCAGUCGUCGAGGAAUUUGCAUCACAAUCAGCAGGAGGCGAAUUUGAGUCCGAAAACGCCGUCAAUUUAUUCCAACGUCAGUCCGCCGCAUAGAUUGAGUCAUGAUAUCAACGGGUCGAUAAUAGCGAGUCCUGUAGAUGACUGUCAUAAUGCGAGAGAAGAGGAGGUUUCGCUUUUGUCGAAAAAAUCAUAACAUAGACACAUUGACUCUGGUCGGGAGUCACAAUUGUACUUAAUUUAUUUGUUAAAAAUUAGUCUAGGGUAAAAAAUAAUUCCGUACCUUUGUAACAUCAUCGUAGGUGCAUAUUUAUUGAAAUUUUAUUGUUAGAAAUUGUUGAAAUUAUUCAAGUUGAUACGUAAAUAGUGACAAUUGCGUGGAAGCUUUUAUUAAAAUGGAUUUAUUUUUAGUUUGACAAAAACUAGCCUGAUUCUUUAUGUAGGAUAAUUAUGUAACUGGAUAGGCGGGACGCCGAAAUUGCCUAUUAUUUUUAUAUUACAUAUUUAUUAUAAUUGUCACAAUUUUUACUGUGAAAUCGCUGUUUUUUAUUUUAUUUUUGUUGAUCUUUAUUUUAGAAUUUAUCUUUAUACGAAAAGUGUACAAUUCUAACAUCAAUACCUCCCUCUACUAUAGAAGUAGUACUUAGCGCCAAAAUAAACCUUCCUUAAGCCGAAUAAUUUAAGUUUUUGUCAUUUUAUUUUGAAAUUUGUUUACAAUUUAAAGUUUCAAGUUUUCUGUCUCUUGUUUUUUAUUUUGUCUUGUUUUGUUACUUCAAUAAACAAUUAAUAAUAACGAA